CGGAACGUAGUCAGUUUCAAGGGGUGACCGACGCAGACCGCCGGCUCUUGUUGAUGAAGUUAGCGUUGUAGGUAGAGGACGUCGAACAUUAUAUUGAUGUAAUUUGAUGAUCUGGUAAAUAAACUUAAUGUACUUCAUGUAAUUAGUAACUGUAAUGAGCCUUCAACAUACGGGUGGCAUGUCUCCAGGCCAAUGCAGAACAGAACCAAACACAAUAAUUAGCGAAAUCUAAAAAGUAAAAACAUAUUUACGGUUGUAAAUACCACAGACGUGAGCGUUAGCAGCAUGACAUCUGGAGUGAUUAAUCUACACAAGUUGUUAUCACUACAAUGCCUGCCAGCACGCCGUUUUUGCUGCUCUGUGAGUGCAUCAGUCAAAGGUAACGUUAAACGAAAAGAAGAAUCGUUCAAGACGAAGUUAGCGACUGGCCCAGGCUUUCAAGACUUCAUCAAAGAUGCAUAUGCCAGCAACAAAUCGAAUAACAUUAUACAGGAAACCGACAACAGGCAUGCAUAUCUCCCCGAGGACACAGCUGAUGGAAAUUCAAGGAAAGUGUUUUUUGAAACCUAUGGCUGUCAGAUGAACGUAAAUGAUACUGAAAUUGCUUGGUCAAUUCUGCAAAAGAAUGGAUAUCUACGAGCCAAAGAACCCACUGAGGCAGAUGUAGUGCUCCUAGUCACAUGUUCAAUCAGGGAGAAAGCAGAGCAGACCAUCUGGAACAGACUUAAACAGCUCACCGCUCUCAAAAAGAAGCGAACAAAAGCUCAGAGCCCCUUGAAGAUUGGACUUUUAGGGUGCAUGGCAGAGCGUCUGAAAUCAGAGCUGCUGGAACGGGAGAAGCUUCUGGACGUUGUGGCCGGCCCAGAUGCGUACCGGGACCUCCCCCGCCUGCUGGCUCUGGCUCGGGGUGGACAGCGAGCCAGCAACGUGCUUCUCUCCCUGGAGGAGACCUACGCCGACGUCAUGCCUGUGCAUCAUACCCAAGGACACCGAAGUGCCUUUGUGUCCAUCAUGAGGGGGUGUGACAACAUGUGCAGCUACUGCAUCGUCCCCUUCACGCGGGGCCGGGAGCGGAGCAGACCAAUGGCUUCCAUCCUGGAGGAGGUCCGGCUCCUCUCAGAACAGGGUGUCCGGGAGGUCACGCUUCUGGGCCAGAACGUGAACAGCUACCGGGACACAUCUGAGCAGCAGUUCUGUGGGUCAGAGCCGACCCAGCUUAGCCGUGGCUUCAGCACUGUGUACCGGACCCGCCAGGGAGGCACGCGCUUCGCCGACCUGCUGGACCAGGUUUCACUCAUCGACCCCAACAUGAGGAUCCGCUUCACGUCUCCCCAUCCAAAGGACUUUCCAGACGAGGUGUUGCAGCUGAUCCAGGAGAGGGGGAACCUCUGCAAGCAGAUCCACCUGCCAGCCCAGAGCGGCAGCAGCCGCGUUCUCGACGCUAUGUGCCGUGGGUACACCAGGGAAUCCUAUCUUGAACUUGUGGAAAAUAUUCGCAACAUAAUUCCAGGGGUGAGCUUGAGCAGUGACUUCAUUGCUGGCUUCUGUGGGGAGACGGAGGAGGACCACCAGCAGUCCAUCUCGCUGCUUAGAGCCGUGCGCUACAACGUAGGCUUCCUCUUCGCCUACAGCAUGAGGACGAAGACCCGUGCAUACCACCGUCUCCAGGACGACGUGCCGGCGGAGGUGAAGCAGCGGCGACUGCAGGAACUCAUUGCUGUGUUCCGAGAGGAGGCGGCCGGAGUCAACGGCAGCCUCAUCGGCAGCACACAGCUCAUCCUGGUGGAAGGAGAGAGCAAAAGGUCAGCACAGGAACUUAGCGGCAGGAGUGAUGGCAACGUCAAGGUGAUCUUCCCCAAACAGGAAGUGCCUGCCCUGGACACAGGCUCCUGCAUGGAGCCCAUUAAACUGGGAGACUAUGUGCUGGUCAAGGUUACCUCUGCCAACUCCCAGAGUAUGAGAGCCUAUCCUCUGUGCGGCACCACCCUGAGGGAGGCCACUGCACGCUCACCCGACGCCCUCCUCAGAACUCUACAGCAGCAGCAGCAGCAGCAGCAACUCCCUACUACUGAGCCUCCUAAAGACAGCCUUUUACACGCCUCUGGCUAACAGACUAUCUGUGGACAGUCGAAGAGAGAGAAAGAGAGAGAGAGAGAGCAAGGGAGACGUUCUCUACUGAAAAACCCAAAUUUAUUUAUUGUAAUUCUUGAACAUUGAAGGCACAGACCAACAGCAAACAGAAUGUACAGUGAAGAAAUGCAUAUGUGGUUUAUAAAAAGACCACUGAAGUGUGCACAGA